GUGGACGUGAAUAGGAUCUGCGCAAGGACGAUGCCAUUCAUUCGACGAUACCUGAGAUUGACCGAGCACCAGACGAUUCUCGUACGGGCGCACGUCGCGGACGCGAGUGAGAUCGCGUACUUUUGCGGGCCGGCGUCGGUGCAGACAUCGUCGGCGACGCGGUUGCAUUCGGUGAUUGAGGCGGUGAAACCGCUUGUGUUUAUGCGGCUGCGGGAUACGACGGCUGGAGCGGGGAAGAUGGGCGCGGGGGAUAUGGCGAAUGCGAUCAGAGGUGAUGAGCGGCAGCGGCAGCUGACUCUCGAUGGGCUAAGCAGAGGGAGCGGUGGGGACGAGAAUGGUGGUGGAGAUGGCGAGAGGGAGAGUGAAGGGGUCAAGUAUGAGUUGGGAAGGGUUGAAGGGGGAAAGGGAGACUAUGUUACGAAUCGGAAGGAGGGGUGGGCGUGCAAGAUGUUUUUGCGGAAUGACGAGAGCACGAGCAGGUUGAUUAUGAAGGAGCUGAAGGUGGCGUCGCAGAAGAGGAGGCCGCGGCAGAAGAGAAGUAGCAGGAAGAGGAGGAUCAUUGAUCUGGAUGGAGAGGGCGAUGGAAACGAAGUUGGAGAGGAAGAUGGAGAUGGAGGUCAGCAGGAGGGAGAAGAAGUCUCGGCCAGCAGUGAAGAAGACGAAGAAGAUGAAGAAGACAUGAAACCACAGAUGACUACAGACUACAAGCAAUACGCAAUCUACGGACGAGUACUGAUUCUCCUGCUGAAGAAGACAGCGACCGGGAUGGAGGCGGAGAUGGACAAGCUGCUAUGGGGCUCCGAAAGCGACCGGUCCGACGGCGACGAAGACGACGGUGGAGAUGACGAGAAACAGCAAUCAGGAUCCACGAAACCAAAAGAAGAAGGAAAAGCGACGCGAGCCGGGAUGAGCGCGUGGAUUGGCGCGUCGCAGCAGAUGCGCGUCGAGGAGACGGCGAUGGACUUUGAGGAGAAGUGAUGAGUAAUGCAUUAGUUAAUGCUUAUGAACUGUAUUAGUAAUAUCAAAAUGCCGGCACUCGCGCGAAGGUUCGCAGCUUCUUCGAGCACUGAAUCCGUGAAUCCCGAGAAUCAGUCCGCUGGGUUUGAAUAAUAGUUGAGGAAUAGUUCUUAGUCUGUUCUAUUCACUUACUCUCAGUUGUUUACUCA